AUGGAGCCUGGAGUUAAGGAGUUGUUUCUGAGAAAUGAUAACGCGGGCUGCUACCAUAAAGCCGCUCUCCUUUCUAGCGCCGCCGUUAUUAUCACACGUCAGGGGCUUGUGUUGAAGGACCAAAGCUUCAGUGAGGCAAACAGUGGCAAGGAUGUGUGCGACCGAAAGAUUGCACCACUCAAGGCGCACGUUGAUAGAUAUGUCAACGAAGGUAAGAUCGCCACAUUGAUGUGCCACGCAAACAAAUUCGAUAUCGUCUGUCCGUGGUUACAAUUAUCAAUAAAACUGCGAUGGAGUCUAAAAAUCGAAAGUAAAGCAACAGUGGCAACAGGUACAGCAUUGCACCUCGUAGUAUAAAGCCCAUGCCCGAGGAUCCAGCAGGCUUCGCACACCUCCCAUAAAAGACACAGCACCUGAAGCUUCAAACAUGUACUUACUCAUGCCUGUGGAUAUUGGUUUGCAAGUCAUGAUGUUACUACUGCAGUGCAGCUGAAGGAGGCUUUUGACUCGUACGGGGGCUCGACUAAGCAAAGCAAGUGUUAA